AUGAUGAAAUACAUAGUUAAAUUGUUUAUAAUUUUUGUGACAAUAUUUUCGGUAGAAUCAAUAGUACCGUAUAAUAAUCAUCAACUAUGGCGAUUGAAUUUAUCAACUAAUCAACAAGUAGCACAAAUAUUAGAAUUAAAACGAGAAGCACAUAAAUAUAAUCUUGAUUUUUGGACUGAGACAUUUCGUACUCAUGUUCCAGUUGAUGUCCGAAUACCACCGAACAUUCAAACAGAAUUUGCCGAACUAAUGAAUGAUUAUAAAAUAUCGUAUAAUAUAACGAUAAAGAAUAUUGGUCCAAUUAUCGAAAAACAAUUUUUAAGUAAUCGAGUUGAAAAUAAUGAUGAUUUUGAUUAUGCAAAAUAUCAUACUAUCACUGAUAUCUACGCAUGGAUUGAUCAAAUGGUUGCUACCUAUCCAGAUUUGGCUACUACAUUUUCUGUUGGAAAAACGUUUGAAAAACGAGAUAUGAAAUGCUUAAAAAUAUCAUCAACCAAAAUGGUUAAAAACUUAGAUGGUACAAUAGUCAAUGCUCCUAAAAAAGCGAUUUGGUGGGAUGGAGGUAUCCAUGCUCGCGAAUGGAUCUCUCCAGCAACUGUUAUUUAUCUUGCCUAUACAUUACUAUCAAAUUAUAGCAAAGAUCCAACUAUAACUCAUUUUGUUGAUCAGUUUGAUUUUUAUAUAUUACCAGUUUUCAACUAG